GAAGGUUUAUAGGUACAUAAAUUCUUCCCCCAUUGUCAGAAUGCUUGAGUAUCAGAGCAUUAUGAAUGUCAAUAACCUCAAACUCAGGUUGUCCAAAGGUGGACAAGAACACCUACUGCAUUUCUGGAAUGAACUUGAAGAAGCUCAACAGGUAGAACUUUAUGCAGAGCUCCAGGCCAUGGACUUUGAGGAGCUGAACUUCUUUUUCCAAAAGGCCAUUGAAGGGUUUAACUAGUCCUCUCACCAAGAGAAAGUGGAUGCAUGAAUGGAACCUGUCCCUCGAGAGGUGUUUGGCAGUGAUACCAGGGAUCGAGAUCAGUUGCAGGCCUGGGAAAGUGAAGGACUUUUCCAGAUUUCACAGAACAAAGUAGCAGUCCUUCUUUUAGCUGGUGGGCAGGGGACAAGACUUGGUGUUGCAUAUCCCAAGGGGAUGUAUGAUGUUUGUUUGCCAUCCCAUAAGACACUUUUUCAGAUUCAAGCAGAGCAUAUCCUGAAGCUACAACAGUUAGCUGAAAAAUAUCAUGGCAAAAAAUGCAUUAUUCCAUGGUAUAUAAUGACCAGUGGCAGAACAAUGGAAUCUACAAAGGAAUUCUUCACCAAGCACAAGUACUUUGGUUUAAAAAAAGAAAAUGUAAUCUUUUUUCAGCAAGGAAUGCUGCCUGCUAUGAGUUUUGAUGGGAAAAUUAUUUUGGAAGAGAAGAACAAAGUUUCUAUGUCUCCAGAUGGGAAUGGUGGUCUUUAUCGGGCUCUUGCAGCCCAGAACAUUGUGGAGGAUAUGGAGCAAAGAGGCAUCUAGAGCAUUCAUGUCUACUGUGUUGACAACAUACUAGUAAAAGUGGCAGACCCACGGUUCAUUGGCUUUUGCAUUCAGAAAGGAGCAGACUGUGGAGCAAAGGUGGUAGAGAAAACAAACCCUACGGAACCAGUUGGAGUGGUUUGCCAAGUGGAUGGAGUUUACCAGGUGGUAGAAUAUAGUAAGAUUUCUCUGGCAACAGCACAGAAACGAAGCUCAGAUGGAUGGCUGCUAUUCAAUGCAGGGAACAUCACCAACUAUUUCUUCACCAUUCCAUUUCUGAGAGAUGUUGUCAAUGUUUAUGAUCCUCAGUUGCAGCACCAUGUGGCUCAGAAGAAGAUUCCAUAUGUGGAUUCCCAAGGGCUGUUAAUUAAGCCAGACAAACCAAAUGGAAUAAAGAUGGAAAAAUUUGUCUUUGACAUCUUCCAGUUUGCAAAGAAGUUUGUGGUGUAUGAAGUCUUACGGGAAGAUGAGUUUUCCCCACUGAAGAAUGCAGACAGUCAGAAUGGGAAGGACAACCCUACUACUGUGAGACAUGCGUUGAUGUCCCUUCAUCAUUGCUGGGUCCUCAAUGCGGGGGGCCACUUCAUAGAUGAAAAUGGCUCUCGCCUUCCAGCAAUUCCCCACUUGAAGGAUGCCAAUGAUGUACCAAUCCAGUGUGAAAUCUCUCCUCUCAUCUCCUGUGCGGGAGAAGGACUAGAAAGUUAUGUGGCAGAUAAAGAAUUCCAUGCACCUUUAAUCACUGAUGAGAAUGGAGUCCAUGAGCUAGUGAAAAAUGGUAUAUGAAUCAGAUACCAAGUUCUGCCAUGAUGGAAAUGGCUUUUAUUUUUGACAGACCAACUGUGAACCUACAGGACCUCUACUGGAAGACUGAAGUUUGAAUAGCCACAAGGUUUCAUUUUACUUGUUGAAGUCUUAUAACUACUACAAACUUCCCAAGAUUCAGAUGACUGAACUACAGAGAACACUUUUAUGAUUCUCAACUCAUUGAAGGUCUUAUUUAUA